AUGUUAAUUGCUUUACUACUUGCAAAGAUCUGUUUAGCAAGUCAGCUUACUGUUGGUAUAGUUUACAGUCAUUUUACAGACCUUGAUUUUGCUUCAAAUCUAACUACUUUGGUUAAAAAUAAUCUCGAAGAUGAGCUUGAGGUUAAUCUUAUGUAUUUUGAUAGUCUUUUGGACGAAAGCAAGGCUAAAUAUAGCCCAGAUAUUAUUUUUGAUCUCACUUUUAGCACCACACUAUCAGAAUGAAUCAAAAAGUUUGCUGAAGAUAAAAAAAUUAUAAUCGCCAGUAUUUUCUAUGCAUUGUUAUGGAUCAGCCUUAAGAUCUAUUAUAGUUUGCCAAUGCAAUUAGUGUGCAAGCCAAAUUAAAUGAGUUGAAUGAAUGAUUUUAAUAUCAGAUUGCUUUUUGUUUGCCACAAAAUAUAGCAAGCCAGCAUACAAUUUAGCAGCAAGCUAAAUCUCAAGCUCAAUUCAUAAAAGUGUAUGAACUAUAUUCAUAGCGACACUCAAGCCCAUAGUGACUGAGAAUUUUUUAUACAUAAUUCUUGGAAAAAUCAAAUCGAAGCUUUAUAUGGGAUUAUUUCUUAUUUCAAUUGGCAAACUUUUAUUGUAAUUUCUGAUGACAUUAGCAAUAAAAACAGUGAAAUGUUUUCUAAUUAUUUUAAAGACAAGGAUUACCGCUGAUACUUUUUCUCUAAUGGGAAUAAUGAAAAUUCAGCAAAUUUGUUUAUAGGGAAAAGUUAUUAUUAUUAUUAUUAUUAUUAUUAUUAUUAUUAUUAUUAUUAUUAUUAUUAUUAUUAUUAUUAUUAUUAUUAUUAUUAUUAUUAUUAUUAUUAUUAUUAUUAAUUAUUAUUAUUAUUAUUAUAUUUAUUAUUAUUAUUUAUUAUUAUUAUUAUUAUUAUUAUUAUUAUUAUUAUUAUUAUUAUUAUUAUUAUUAUUAUUAUUAUUAUUAUUAUUAUUAUUAUUAUUAUUAUUAUUAUUAUUAUUAUUAUUAUUAUUAUUAUUAUUAUUUAUUAUUAUUAUUAUAUUAUUAUUAUUAUUAUUAUUAUUAUUAUUAUUAUUAUUAUUAUUAUUAUUAUUAUUAUUAUUAUUAUUAUUAUUAUUAUUAUUAUUAUUAUUAUUAUUAUUAUUAUUAUUAUUAUUAUUAUUAUUAUUAUUAUUAUUAAUUAUUAUUAUUAUUAUUAUUAUUAUUAUUAUUAUUAUUAUAUUAUUAUUAUUAUUAUUAUUAUUAUUAUUAUUAUUAUUUGAAUUAUCGCUGUGAUCCAGCCUUUCUCUCUUUUUUACGCACUAAUAAGUAAAUAAAUUUCUUUAUACAGUUGUCAACUCCAACCAUUGCAUCAUCAUGAUUUUCCUUCAAUCAUCUAAUAAAUUUUAAAAUCAUAUAGCACCACUUCAUGCAUCUUAAAAAUUUCUCUUAACAAUUCCUUCUAGUACUCCGUUACUUUUGUAGCUGCAUUAAUAACUCCACACAAAAAAACAAAAGUUCCAUCAAAAUCUUCAACAAAAACAAAGAUUCCAUCAAAAAUCUUCAACAAAAAUCCAAUGAAUCGACCGAUUCAUAUUUCCAUUGCAACCCCACGAUGCCAAAAAGAUUGACUUUUAAUGAAUCACCUACUUGCACAUAACUCAUCCAAGGUAGGCCAUCAAAAAUCCACAACUCCGCAGAAUCAACAGAAUUUCAACCUCUCACAAACUCCUUCAAACUUUUUGGCGCGAAAAAGCGCCCCUAUUUAAUUAUUUAUAGGGAAAGUUAUACAGCCAAUUGGUGCCAGACCAAGUAAAAUCUACCAGAAACUCCUACAAAACGCUGUUCUCCCUUUCAUACGGUCCUGACACUUCCAUCAGAUUUAAGAGUGGUCAUUUAGACUAAUUGAGUAAUUUCCUAGCGCGAUGACAAGAGUAGCACCCUUGGGCUGCAAGUUCCAUCUUGGUAGACAACACAGCCAGAAAUUUCGAGAACCCUGGUCAGGCGAGCGGCACAGUGACUCAUUCCAUUACGCUCAAUUCGUGUGCGAUCUCAUUUCUGGAAGAGCAUAGCCGAUAGGCAGACAGCUUGCAGUCGCGAAGCAAGGAGAGAAAAUUACUUUUUCUAGGCAUCAAAGGAACUUUCUAUAAUCUUAACUAAGAAAAAUGUAUAAGAAACAUUGUGCUACUAAAUCAAGGAGAAAGUGCAAAAUUAUUAUUGAAAGCUUUAGAAGAAAAAAGCUUGCUUAUCAAUGGAACUGGAAUUAUUGUGGGAAGUGAAGGCUCCUGAGGGUUAAAUAGUAAUGGAAUAAUUGCCUAUGUAGAAUCAGGGCUAGAGAUGGCUGAUAGCUAUUAUAGUUAUCAAGGAUUAGCGUUUAUCAAGUUUUUGAAAAUUAUUCUGAAUUUAGAAUUUUCAUCUGAUCUCAGUCUCUUUCAGAAAUUAAAUAAUUAUUAUAGCAGAGAAGCAGAGAACUUAAGAAAAAAUAGAAGUCCAGCGCUCCCUGAUUUGCUAAAAAAUUCAAGUUGCUAUGAAAUUUCUAGCUUGAAAACAGAUUGCUUGCCUCCCAAUUUAUUUGCAGUUGAUAAUCACCCUAUUUCAAACUUCACUCUUCUAAAUACAAAAAAUAACCAAAAGAUUAUAUCUGGAAAUAUUUUCGAAGGAAAUUUGACUACACUAGCUCCUCUUUCAUUUCCAGGAGACUCUUUAAUAAUACCAAACUCUCCAUUUACUUAUAUUAAUAUAUGGUAUGAUAACGGACUACUCCUCUUGAUUCAUGAGCGAGAUUUUUCUGAUUAUUAAAUUUUCAAAUAAAAUUGUAUAUAUUUUUUUUAAGAAAAUCCAGAAAAAAAUUAUUUAAUUUAAAAACACUUUUUUGGGUUUAAAUUUUAACAGAGCUAUUUAUAAAAAUACUAUAUAAAAACUGUUUCUAAAAUAAAUUGCUUUCUCUUCUUAAACGAGUGCAUAUUUUCUCAAAAAGUUAGGAUUUGCUAGCUCUUUAAGUGGGGGAAGUUAGGAUUAUCAGCUGGAAUCCUUUAUACUUUAUUCUACUGAAAAAGUGUCCACUCUUUAGAAGGCUUUGAAAUAGCCUCAACUGAGCUUCUUUGCUCAGGAAACACACAUCACCAAAAUCUCUGUUUUUCUCAUGCAUUGAGCACCCCAGCUGUAGGAUUUAUAACAUCUCUUUUCUCAUCAGAAAGUGUUUCUUUUAUUCACACAUUGAGAUCCUUAAAUUGUUCUAUACCUAAUGUUUCUCCAUACUCUCCUUCAGACGCUUUACAAAAUAAAUCAGACUUUCCUGAGUUUAUGACAAUCAUGAAAGAUAUCAAAUUUAAUGCAAAAGUUAUGCUGGAUCUUGCUGUUGUUUUUAGAUGGCAAAAUUUUAUAGUCCUUUAUGAUGAUAUUAAUGAUCUUGAUUGCCAAUAUUUCAUAUACCUUUUGCCAAGAAUAGCCCACUAAGGAGCAUUUUUCGGUUCGCCAUUCUUAAAUUUGUUUAACCAGUAUAUGGCAUACCAACGAAUUAUUGUCCGGCCAAACCAAAAAAAAGCUCCUUAGUGGGCUAUUCUUGGUAAAUAAGUAUAUCAUUAAUAGAGCAAUUUAAUAUGAAAACUGCAACUAAAUUUAAUAUAAAAAUUGCAAAUAGCCCUGAUAUGAGGAAAAUGAACACGACCUACACUUUAGAUAAAUACUCACAAUGAAAGGGUUGGUUUAAGAGCUUAAUAAGCUUAAAUGUAAGGCUAUAUGUCAUUUUUUUGAAUGUCCCUUCUUGGUAUCAUGUUGUUGAAAGCUUUUAUGAUGCAGGAUUGAGAAGGGGUGAUGCCAUUUUUUUAUCAAAUGGAAGAGUUGCAUAUUCACUUACAUGGGAGACAGAUACCUCACAGAUCAGUAAACUUAUUGAAUUGUUAUAUGGAUCAGUUGUUGUUUUCCAUGCUGAAUGAUUUGGAGAAUAUGGGAAAAAGUUGGAAAAUGGCUAUUUAAAAGAGUAUGGAGGAUCCUCAGUUUUUAGCUGCUACUCUUUUGAUGCUACAAUGUUGCUUCUGCAUGGAAUAGAAUUUACUAUAAGACAGGGCCAAAAUAUAAAAGAUUCUCAAGCGUUAAAUAUAAAUAUGAGAAAACAAAAAUUUUUAGGGUGUUCUGGGAUUAUAUCUAUUGAGUCAGAUGGUAAUCAGAGAAGUUUACCUACUAUAGGGAUUCAUAAUGUACGUUGAGACAAUAGCACGCAAUUAUUAUAUGAAGAACUAGUAGGAAUAUAUGAUACCAACAGUUUGCAAUUGAUUACUUUAUUCCAAAGCAUUUUAUGAUAUGAUAAUUCUACAAUAACACCUACAGAUUCUAUUGCGUAUGAAAAUGGGUGUCCAUUCCCUGAAAGUAAAAUUUAUCAUUCUGAGAAAGGCGCUAGCAUUUUAUAUGGAAUAUCAGUAGCUAUAAUAGCCCUUGUAAUUGUUGAGUCGUUUUUUAUUUGAAAAAAAUUCUUAAUGAGAAUAAAUAUAGAAAAAUUAAUAGUCCCAGCACGCAUACAUUUUGAGGAUUAUUUUCUUAUGGGAAUAUUGGCUGUGGAUUUUUUUCAAUUUAUUUCUCAAGGUCCAGGUAUAAUUGAGUUGAAUGUCUGAUUAUCAAAAAUAUGUAACUAUUCACUCAUCAAUUUUAAUUCUUCAAUUGCAGGAGAUAUGUACUGAGUUUACUUAUGCUCCGCAAUGAGCAUUUCUUGCUAUUUGGUUUUUACAGCUUUUAUUUUAUUUUUUGGUUUCAAUAAUUUUGAAAUUUGGAUAGUGAGAUACAUUAGAAACAUUGCUUUAUUCUUGAUGCCUAUUAUUGGGUAUGUUUUAUUUGUCCCUGUGGUUACUAUACUUUUAAGUAUUUUUGAAUGUGAUAAGGGAAUAGGCUCAAAUAUUUCUGAUUCUUUUAUAAAGUAUGACUGCACAGUUUAUUGCUGGAAGCAUAAUUACUCUGUAUGAGCAGUUUUAUCAAUAAUAUCUAUGACAGUAUUUAUUCCUUUAGCACUUUUUUUCAGGAAUUAUUAUGAAAAUAUUAAUAGCCAUAUUAAUAUAAAGACCAGACCUAUUUUCAUUAUAGAAAAAACAGUUUUUCAAGUUAUUAUAAUUAUCAUGAAUAAAACUGUAAAAAAUUAUGAUGAAGCCUUGCAUGGUCUCUGCUGUGUAAUUCUUCUCACCAUGCUAAUCUUUUUAUGUUUUAAAAGUAGCCCAUAUAACUAUGGCAGAAUGAAUUGUUGGCUGAUUAUUUCAUAUUUUGCAAUUUUGUGGAAUUUUAUAUUGUCAUCGCUUUAUUGACUUAUAAGAUUUGAUAAUUGAAUAGUGUGAUUUAUAAUAGAAUGGUUAGUUUGACUUCUUCUUAUAAUAGCUGGAAUAAUAUACCAAUGGAAAUUACUUCCAAGCUUAUUGUUGACUGAUAAGGGAAUAGAUAUAGCAAUAUUUUUGAAAUUUGGUCUGGGAAGUCAGAUUUCUGCUAAAGAGAUAAAUAAAAUGAAAAAAGAAACUGUGGAUAAUAAUUACUUAGGUAUCUCGAAGACUCCGAAUUUUGAUGAGAUGUCCAAUGUUUCUAGCUAUAGAUUGAAUCAACACUCAGAUUUUGACAAUUAA